UCAGACACGACAGGCCGGGGGCCUGAGAGCCCCCAGCCGUGGCGGCCGCUGCGGGUGGGCAGGGCAGCUGAUGAAUAAGAGGCAGUGAUAGAUAAGGACGUGCGCAGCCCCCUGCAGCCGCCCUCCCCGGAGGGCAGGGGGCAGGAGGGGAGGGCUGGGCAGCAGGGGCGCAGGGGAGCCGGACCCCCGCUGCCCCGCCCUGGGGGGAAGGUGAGGGCAGGCGCCCUCCCCCCGCCCCGCCCGCCCCGCUGGCCUCGCUCCCAGCAGCCGCCGCAUCAUCAAUAUUUCACGGGCGUCAGUAAGAGGCAGCGGGGAAGGCGGCUGCAGCAGCAUUCUCGCCCGCUCUAGCCACAGUGCUCGGCAAGCGUCAGCCUCCCUGCCCUGCCCACAUGGACGUCUUCAAGAAGGGCUUCUCCAUCGCCAAGGAGGGUGUGGUGGGCGCCGUGGAGAAGACCAAGCAGGGGGUGACGGAAGCGGCCGAGAAGACCAAGGAGGGGGUCAUGUAUGUGGGAGCCAAGACCAAGGAGAAUGUUGUGCAGAGCGUGACCUCAGUGGCUGAGAAGACCAAGGAGCAGGCCAACGCUGUGAGUGAGGCCGUGGUCACCAGCGUCAACACAGUGGCCGUCAAGACGGUGGAGGAGGCCGAGAAUAUUGCCAUCACCUCUGGAGUGGUUCGAAAGCUGUAUGACCUUGGGAAGCUGCUCAACCCCCUGGCACCUCCAUUACCUCAUCCGUAACAUGGAGGGGCUGAGAGGGCCCGUUUCCCGCGACGAUGUAUGAUCCUGCAGGGAAAUUGCCCCCCGGGAUACCGUUACACCUGGAUCAUGGGGAGCACCCAACAGAGGCAGGUGACUAUAUCAUCAUCAUCUGUGCCUCUGGGCAGGACCCAUAGGUGCUCCAGGGGACGCCAGGCCCCUCCCUCUCCCACCCCCCAGCAAAAGAGGCGCUGGGGUGGGGCCAGGCUGCCUCUGGGCCUCCGAGAGGGAGUCUGGACACUCCUGUUUGGCCUCGAAGGAGGGCCGGUGAACCCAUGGAGUCACCCCAGGUCCUAGGGUGCGGGUGGCUGCCCCAAGGGGACAUUUCCUGGUGACACUUAAAAACCAGUCGCACUGCCUCUCCAGUGAACCACGGAAGGAUGCAGCACUGCCAGUCUGACAGCUCUUCCAUUCCGCUGGCCUCAUGCACCUGCCCUGGGGCGGCAGGACUAGGCAGGGAGCCACCUACCCUUUGCCUGGAAGGCCUGCCCCAACUCUAGCUGACACAGUUUGGUGCCCUUUUAAAGCCCCAACCCAUCAAGGAUGUCCCAGUGGUAGCACGGAGAUGGCAGGAUCCUCUAGAGGUAGAUGCUAGGACUGGGAUCCAGGCUGAUCAUCCAGUCUGGUCCUGCCCACAGCUGUCACUCAACCACCCCCCAGGCAGACCACCUUAGGCAAGUGUUUGGCUGGGGGUAAGGGAGCAGGAGACAGGUAGUGGGGAGGAUUGUAUAACCCCUACUGACCUCAACCAGACCAGCUUGAGCCCAGAGCCCAUCCAGGAGGUAGGGAGAGAGAAAGAUGCUACUAGGGAUAGGGAUGGGCCUGGAGCAAGCCGAACCUGAUCCUUACCAACUCCAUUGCUUUGAGCUCUGAGGUCUUGAGCUGGAUACUUGGCCUCCCUGGCCUCAGGGUCGCUGUACAAACUGAUGGCAUACCCCUCCACCUAGGGUUAUUUGGGAGUUAAGUCGGACAGGGCUGUAUGAUCAUGUGAUUUGGGGGCAUUGAGGGUGGUGUCACGUCUCAGGCUUCAGGGCCACAGCCCUCCCCCACACCACUGCACCCCACCUCACCAGUCCUCCUUGAUGCAGAGGCCCAAACUCAGACUGCCCAGAGACUCUGCAUUAGCUUAGGGGGUGUAAAGCGGGGCUCCAGGAGACUUGGUGCCCCCAGAAGGCCUUGCAUCAUCGGACAGAGCCCCCACUGUGGGCCCUUACAUGAGGCUCUGUCACUCCCAUGGUCAGACUGGUCCUCACACUUCCUUCACCUCCGGGC